CAAAAUGCUUCUCUUCUCCCAUCCGCUCAUGCGCGUUGGUCCCGGGAGAAAGACACUGCGCAUGCGCACACCUCCUCACUCUCCGUAUCUCUGUGUUGCUGCCUGGCCUGACUCAGUCCAGGCAGUGAGAGCGCUCGAGGUUCACGCGUUUGUUUUGCCACUCUGCAGAUAUUUGCUUCGCUUAGGCUUUGAAAUCUGAGUACCCAUGGUGGUACUGGAGGCAGUGACGUCAUCUCAUCACACGGUCCCCACCUCCACAAGCAUGUUCGGGUCCGGUAGCAAUCACAACCAAUAUCUUCAGCCUGACUACUUGUCCCCGCUCCCUACCACGUUGGAUGCCAAGAAGAGUCCUUUGGCGUUGUUGGCACAGACGUGCAGCCAGAUCGGGGCGGAUUCGUCCAACAGCAAGUCGAUCAUCCCGCCGAUCGAGAAGUCGUCGAAAUCCGACGUCGAUAAGCGCUCCAACCGAUCCCCGUCCACGCCGGACGUAGGUGGAAAGAGCAAGAUGGAGAGACGAGAGGAAUCGUCGUCGUCGACGGAGGAGAAGCCGUCGUCGCGUAGCAGUGCUGCCGUCACGCCGGUCACUUCGACCAGCGUCGAUAUUCGCCAGUCGACGUCUGCGAAGCUCGAGACUUCCAGCAGUCCGACUGCGACGAGCAGCAGCAGUGUUGCCCCAACUUCGUCUGCAAGUCCGAUAGUGCGAUCGGGUUUGGAGGUCCUUCAAGGCCAUCCUAAGGACAUGCCUUUGGGAACGUAUCGACCGGGAAUGUUUCCGCCUCUGGGUCUACCUCCGCCCCUGUGCGGGAACGUGUGUCUACCGGGACAAGAACGUGACCUGUUGAGAUUCACACCGGGGUUCCCAGUCGGAUAUCCCAUGACAUCCACGUUCAAUCCGUAUCUGAGUUACGCCCGACUGAAGGCGGGCGAAGGACUAUCGCCGUCGGCUGUCUGCCGCGAUCCGUAUUGCAACGGCUGCGGUCUUGGAUCUCACCACAACAGCCUUCUCAUGGGAAGCUGCCCCAGCGGAUGUCGUCAGUGUGAUCACCCGAAAAUCCCAGUCUCGACCGCGGCCGCGUUUUCGUCGAUGCCCUACGUCUGCAACUGGAUCGUGGGCGACUCCUACUGCGGGAAGCGAUUCCCCAGCUCCGACGAACUGUUCGCGCAUCUGAGAACUCAUACGACGGGUCUGAACGGGGACCUGAGUGCCUUGUCGUUGUUGGGUUACCCGAUGGUCCAUCCGGGCCUGUCCUCGCUCCAUCGGGCCUAUUCCUCCAUCCCUCCCCUUUCCGAUCUACGGUAUCAUCCUUACGGGAAGCCUGCGACGGUUCCGUCCCUGACUCCUCCCACAACCGCCCCGUUGCCACCUCUGCCACCCCUUCCACCAGGCGUAAGCCCCUAUUACAAUCCCUAUGCCUUGUUCGGGUCACGGCUCGGCGCUGCUGUUCAUCCCUGAAGUCAUCCCAGUGCUUUUCAGAGACUCUUUUUUUAUCUGUGAGACCAGAGAUGCUUGUGGCACCUUUCUCCCCCCAAUUUCUUCGUGAUGCCUAUAUAACUAUAAGAUUGAAAAUAUAAUGAAG